AAUCAAUCAAACUACAAGUUUCCACUCUACCAUAACAUUCAUGCUGUACAUUUGAGAAGAUGGAUCGCAACGACAUCACCCUGACCAAUCAACGCAACUCACCUCUCUUGCGCCUCCCUCCCGAGCUUCGACAUAGGAUCUACCAGUACGUCUUCACUGGGCACGAAAUAAACAUCUCGCGAGUCCAGCCAACCAUUGACUACCUGCACUACCGCUCAUCACAUCCCCCCAACACCUUCUGGAGCACGCACCCCUUCCGCUUCACCCUGAACCGCACCUGCCGCCAACUGUACCACGAAACCGCCCGUCUCACUUCCCUCUUCUGGACCCACAAUACAUUUUCUGGCUCCGCUCUAGGAGUGGCCUGUUUUCUGCGCCGACAUAGUGCGGAGGCGGAUCUGCUCCGCACGCUGCACGUAUACGUAGGAGGCAUAGUGAGCACGAGCAGCUACGCGUUCAAACCGCUGGAGCUCACGAUGUCGCUGAAGGCUCUUUUGCGCAGCUUACGCGCCUUGGCGGCGCUGGAGACAGUGGUACUCGUGCAGGAGACGCAGCGGCUGGCGGGGUAUGAGCAUGAGCAGGUGCUGGAUGAGGCUAGGCGGGUGUUUGGGGCAGAAGCAGGGCAGCGACAUCAUCAGGUUGACAUCCUAUUGAGGUGUUCAUGA